AUGACAAGUGAACAAAGAUCUAUUUCGCCGGGUGAUAUUGAAAAAUUAAGCUUGGAACAUGCUGAAAUUAUGAACGAGCCACAAGCUCUUACUGCUGAACAUCAUGAUUUUCUCAUGAAAAGACAUGGUUCAGUGCAGUUGGACCCUUUACCUUCUAACGACCCUUUGGAUCCACUUAAUUGGCCUAGUUGGAAAAAAAAUUAUGAAAUCAUCUUAAUAGCUUUCCAUGCGUUUAGUUGUGCGUUCAUGCAAGCGGGAAUAUCCCCUGCUUAUGAAGCGAUGUCAGAAGAAUACGGAAAGUCUAUGACUGAAAUAUCAUAUUUAACUUCAGCACAAAUAUGUAUUGCUGGUAUUGCACCAUUUCUCUGGGUUCCAAUUAUGAAUGCGUACGGUAGAGGUGUAUUUUUGGCCUUCUCAGCUUUGAUCUGUUGUGCCUUUAAUAUUGGUGGUGGAUUUUGUACUACUUAUGGACAGCAAAUGGCUCUUAGAAUAUUAGUUUGCUUUUUUGCAUCAACGGGGGCAGCCGCGGGUAGUUCUGUUGUAGCUGAUUUGGCAUUCGCCCACGAAAGGGGGAAGAAGAAUGGUUGGUGGUCUCUUGGACUUCUUUUAGGUACUCCUGGUGGCCCUUUCUUCAUGGGUUUCGUGCAAUACCAUGCCGGUACUAGGUGGAUUUAUUUUACAUUUGCAAUCAUGAACUUUGUUCAAUUCGUUCUUUGGUUAUUGGCGGAGGAAACGGUAUAUAUCAGAGAUAAGCAUGCUCGUUCUAUAAAUCCAAGUAAGGGAGGUUUCAUGAAAUGGUUUGGAUGUUAUAAUCGUAGCCAACAACCUUUACAUUGGAAAAUAUUCUUUAGACCUUUAAAACAAGCAUGGAAUUAUAAUGUUUCCAUGGCAGUGAUUGCCUUAACAGUUACAUUUUGUUAUGCAAAUAUUGUUCUUGUGGUUGAAAUGCCACAAACCUUUGGUGCGUUAUUUCAUCUUAAUGCGCAGCAAUUAAGUUUGCAUUAUAUUGCCCUUAUAGUUGGUUCUGUAAUUGGAGAAUUACUUGCUGGGCCACUUUCUGAUUGGUGGAUGAAAAUAUGUUACAAGAAAAGAGGAGGUAAGAGAGUGGUGGUUGAUAGAUUAUGGGUGUCUUAUAAUGGCUUUUUAGCAGUGAUAGUUGGAUUGAUAGUUUGGGGUGUUUAUUUAGACAAGGUAGAAGAAAACCACUGGAAUAUCUCUGCCUUGAUAGGGGCUGCAGUUGCAGCCGGAGGAAAUAAUAUUGUAGCAACUGUUUUAACAACAUUUGCGAUUGAUAGUAGUGAAUAUGCACCCGAUGUUGGUUUAUAUUUGAAUCUUGUGAGGUUGAUUUUUGGCUUCACGGGCCCUUUUUACUUCGCGUUAAUGUUUGAAAGACUUAAAUACGCAGGCGCAGCAGGAUUAAUGGUUGGACUUGUGGCAAUAUUUGGUGUUUUAAAUAUGGGUAUCACUCAUAUCUUUGGUCUUAGAAAUAAAUCAACGGAAAUAUAG